AUGGACGAAAAUGAAUUCAAGCCUGUUGAACAGCAGGCUGUUACUCCUCCUCCUGAGACAUUGAGGCCUUUAAUUAUAAAGGCAAUCAGGAAAAAGCCAGAAAUUGGUGCUCUUUGGUUAGCGCGAGACAAAGAUUGUGCCUUAAAGGCUGGUCCCCUGAGGGGAGGGAUGCAAGAACAUGUUGCAUCUAGGCAAAAGCGGAAAGGUUUGGCAAAAAUCCUGGAAUGGAAAUUACUACGUACUCCGCCACCCAGAAAUGGCACUCCACCACCGAGAAAUGGCACUCAAUCACCCAGAAAUGGUACUCCACCACCCAGCAGCGGUACUCAACGCGAGCUCUAG